AUGCUACCAUCACGUCUAUGCCACGCCAUUUCAUUCUGGCUUCGUGAAUAUCCGUGGAUGACCAAUGUCACCAUCGGGACGACCAUUGGAUUUUCUGCAGAUAUCUUUAUACAGGGUGUGGUAAAAAAGAUUCCACGAGAGAAGGAAGCUGUCCUGCCGCAGGACGUAUCCCCAUUGGUGGUGGAAUGCCCCCGCAUCCUGCACAAGUUGAGGAUUCGCCUCAGCGGUGAUAGGGACUCUCAAGUGGCUUUGAUUGACCUACGGCGCAGCUUCAUUUUUUCGAGUUUCACAAUUCUUUUCAACACGUAUUUUUUUCUCGCAAUGUACAAAUGGUUAGACGCUGUUUUCCCCCCAUCAGUUGUGACACGACGUACAGCAAUUGUGAAAGGAUUUUUGAGUUGGGUAGGGGCUAACGCGACGACUCCAUUGUACUUGGCUUAUGUGGCGGCAAUGAGUCAUUACUUCAUACACAGGACGGGCCGUCGUCAAUUUGAUGCCGCUGAAAGUGGUGGAGUUGGUUGGGUCGUGGAUUUCCCAAUUUUUUUUGGCGAGGUGAAAAAACAGGUUAAACAGCAGCUGAGAGAAGACUGGCCGGAUAUGAUGCGAUACGGUAUUUUCUUCUGGGGCUUGAACUGGUUGCCGAUGUUUUACUACAUCCCUCCACACUUCCGCUAUGUGUACGGGUCUUCAUUGCAGGUGGUGUGGAGUGCGAUUAUGUCUCACCUGAUGCAUCGUGGGGUGAAAGUAAUUUGA